GCAGCGAGUAUGGGACCACUUCAUUAUAGGAGUAUUGAUUGCUCUAUUGAAGUUCAGUGGGGGAGUGUCAGUCACGUCCGCUGUAAAGGGGUAUCAGUGCCCCGAGGCACGAGCAUUUGCAGAGUAGGCUACUGUAGAGUGUACCAUCCAAGGGUCAUGCAGGGGCGUGUUCAGAUAAUAUUUCGUUACAUGUAGUAUGUCAGGUGCAGUUAGUUUCGAAAGACGUUCCUCCAAUAAUUAGAGUUCACUGGAUAACAGCAAAGGGCCGUAAAUAUUUCGACGGUAGCAUCUCUUCUGUCAAACUUUGUAUAGGCCUAUUGGUACAUUCCUCUUUACGUGCUGCUGCAGCUAUGGCGUCAGUCAAAAGUGUGGGUACGAGAUAGAAGUCGAGAAACUUGUCGAAUGUAAAUACUGAGGACUAGCCAGGCACAUUGCUCUACUGGCACCCGUUUAUCUCCACAUAAACAUGCCUCGGAAAAAGCCUUUCAGUAACAAACAGAAGAAAAAGCAGCUCCAGGUGCGAAGGGAGAGAAAAAGGGGGGACACUGGCUCAGGGCCUAGCAGUCGAAAUGCCAGUGCAGAGAGAGGCACAGAGCGCCAGUCUGACACGUCGGACAGUGAAACCACAGACGUGAGGAGAAUCAACCAGCAGCCUUCCACCAGGGAUGGCCGAUACGACCCCAACAGAUUUCGAUUGCACUUUGAGAGGGAGAGUCGCGAUGAGGUGGAAAGGCGAAAGAAGAUAGCCAGAGAGAAAGUUCUGGAACCUGCUGCUGAUCAGGACAUGGAAGCUGAUAUAAAUGACAUCUAUCCUGAGGAGAAAGGUCUGGAUUUUCCGCGGCGACCGUCCUGGCAUUAUGGGAUGUCUCGAGACGAGCUGCUGAGGAAGGAGGAGAAGUCGUUUCGCGAGUACCUGGAGGCCCUGCACUCCCGAAACCCCAUCGGCUCCCUCAGCCACUUCGAGCACAACCUGGAGACAUGGCGGCAGCUAUGGAGGGUCCUGGAGAUGUCCGAUGUCAUCUUACUGAUUGUGGACAUCAGGCACCCGGUGUUACAGUUCCCCCCGACCCUGUAUCACUACAUCACGGGCGAGCUCCAGAAACAGGUAGUGCUGGUCCUGAACAAAGCAGACCUGUGUCCUGCCCCGCUGGUGCUGGCAUGGAAACACUACCUGCACGCGCACUUCCCCAACCUGCACUGCGUCUGCUUCACCUCCCACCCUGGACAGCCCUAUAGCACAGUCCUUCAGAAGAAGCGGAUGAAGAGGAAGGGCCACUGGGGCCGAGCGGGGGGCCCCAUCCACAUCAUGAAGGCCUGCCAGGAGAUCACAGCAGGACGAGUGGACCUGAGCAGCUGGGAGCAGAAGAUCCAGAAGGAUGCUGCGGCGGUGGGCAGUAGCGACUGGGAGCAGACAGAAGAUGGGGAGUCGGUGCUGAUGGAGCACCACAGCGACGUAGCCAUGGAGAUGAACAACCCGUCACAGGAGCUCUACAAGGAUGGCGUGCUUACACUGGGCUGCAUAGGGUUUCCCAACGUGGGCAAGUCGUCUGUGCUGAACAGUCUGGUGGGCAGGAAAGUGGUGAGCGUGUCGCGGACACCCGGCCACACCAAGUACUUCCAGACCUACUACCUCACCCCCACAGUCAAGCUGUGCGACUGCCCCGGCCUGGUCUUCCCCUCCCAGGUCAACAAGCAGCUGCAGAUCCUGGCGGGCAUCUACCCAGUGUCUCAGCUGCAGGAGCCCUACAGCUCUGUGGGCUAUCUGUGUGAGCGCACCCCCUACCUCCCCAUCCUGAAGCUGAAGCACCCCGACAGGGACGAGGAGCCCCAGCAUGAGAGAGGGCAGCCCAGCACCGGGCAGGAGAGGUGGACAGCCUGGGAUGUUUGUGAAGCGUGGGCUGAAAGACGGGGUUACAAGACCGCCAAGGCUGCCAGGAAUGACGUGUACCGAGCCGCCAACAGCCUCUUGCGGCUGGCUAUCGACGGCCGUCUGUGUUUGUGCCUGAGGCCACCUGGCUACAGCAGUCAGAAAGACCAGUGGGAGUCCCACCCAGAGUUGUCUGAGAUCAUCGGCCUGCAGGGUCGUCUGGAGGGGGGUGCCGGAGAGAGGGAUGAAGAAGAGGAGGAGGAGGAGGGGGAGUCCAGCUCUGAGCCAGAAGAGGAGCAGGACAGGGACGCGGACGAUGACGAGGACGGGGACGGAGACGACGAGGACGAUGGCUUCCCGAGCUCCAGGCGGAGAGAGAGGCCCUCGCCCAGCCUCACCGUCAACAUGUUCAGCGUCCUGGGCGAGAACGAGUGCGAGUGAGGGGGCAGGGCAGCGUGGUUGAGCUCUGGGGCCUAUACUAAGAAGCUGGUUCAGGAGUAAAACAGGUUAGGUUAAGAGGUAAAUCUCUUAAUAGAAGAGCCUGGAGUCCUCAUUAAGGAAAUGAGGGCUUAAUGCUCUUCUAUUAGACCAUUUACCUCUUUACUAAGAAGCUGGUUCAGGAGUAAAGCAGGUUAAGUUUAGGCCUUUGCUCUCCAUCCCCAUCCCCAUUACUCACCUCUGUGGGUGAGGUGUAUAGGAGGGUUGGUUGGGAGGGAGCACACUCCUCUCCAUCCCAGGGUUCCUCAACCAUCCCCCAUCACUCACCUCACCUCAUCUCCAGACCCACUGUGUUCAUUCCAUUAUUUUUUUUUUAUUAUUAUUAUUAUAAUUAUUUAAUAUUUUAUUUCUUACAUUCCCACGAAACAUCUCUGACCUCCUCUGCUGUCAGUGCUGGCCAUCUCCAUUCCACACACAUCAUUCUAGUCCUCCCCUAGCGAGCCGUCCGACUCCUCAGCAGCCAUUCGGCAUUCGUCUCCAUGCCCUCUUCUCCACAUUCAUUUUUAACUUAGCCACUCGUACAAGAGAUAUAUAGCCAGUGUGUUUCCAGGUACAUUUCAGUCAGUCAGUCAGUCAGUCAGUCAGUCAGUCAAUCAAUCAUUCUCUCUCUUCUCUUCUCUUCUCUUCUCUUCUCUUCUCUUCUCUUCUCUUCUCUUCUCUUCUCUUCUCUUUCUGGUACUGGGCAUGAAUCAUCGUCCCGCCAUUCUUUUUUUCUCAUCUCUCUCUCUCUCUCUCUCUCUCUCUC